AUGGGUAAUCCUUUGGUGGCAAAAGAAAUGGGACAUGAUGUUAUAGUUGGGGCUUGGGAGGGAGAGGAGGGUGAAGCUGGGACGCUGGUCGACCCUCUCGGUCUGCCUCUCGACCUCCUGCCUCUCGACCUCCUGCCUCUCGACCUCCUGCCUCUCGACCUCCUGCCUCUCGACCUCCUGCCUCUCGACCUCCUGCCUCUCGAUCUACCUCUCGACCUCCUGCCUCUCUAUCUACCUCUCGACCUCCUGCCUCUCGACCUCCUGCCUCUCGACCUCCUGCCUCUCGACCUCCUGCCUCUCUAUCUACCUCUCGACCUCCUGCCUCUCUACCUCCUGCCUCUCGACCUCCUGCCUCUCGACCUACCUCUCGACCUCCUGCCUCUCUAUCUACCUCUCGACCUCCUGCCUCUCGACCUCCUGCCUCUCGACCUCCUGCCUCUCUACCUCCUGCCUCUCGACCUCCUGCCUCUCAUCUCCUCUCGACCUCCUGCCUCUCGACCUCCUGCCUCUCUACCUCCUGCCUCUCGACCUCCUGCCUCUCGACCUCCUGCCUCUCGACCUCCUGCCUCUCGACCUCCUGCCUCUCGACCUCCUGCCUCUCGCUCUACCUCUCGACCUCCUGCCUCUCUAUCUACCUCUCGACCUCCUGCUUCUCGACCUCCUGCCUCUCUAUCUACCUCUCGACCUCCUGCCUCUCGACCUCCAGCCGAUUCUUGA